GCUUCAUCCAAAUUUGAGAUUUUAGAUUUGACUGGAAGACACAUCUUUCAGUACUCUUAGACCCAAUUUGUUUUUUCAAUUGCCAACACCAUGUUGAGACCAAAUCAGCAUAACAAAGCAUUUGCUGUUAUGGGUCUCUUUAACGUUCUGAUGUUGAUCCAGAGAGGUGGUGCAUUUGAGUACAAGGUUGGAGGUUCAAAUGGUUGGGCUGUUCCUGCUGAUCCUAACUCAAACAGUCAUAACCAAUGGGCAGAAAAUAAUAGAUUUCAAAUUGGAGACACUCUAUUGUUCGUCUACUCAGCUGACAAAGAUUCAGUGCUCCAUGUGACUAGGGAGGACUACACAAACUGCAAUACAUCAACCCCACUAGAAAAAUUUGCUGAUGGCCACACUGUGUUCAAGUUCGACCAAUCUGGGCCUUACUGUUUCAUAAGUGGAGUUCAUGAAAACUGUCUCAAGAAUGAAAAGUUGGUGGUAAUUGUGAUGGCAGACCGAAGCAACCGAUCAAGUGUAGCAUCCCCAUCCCCAUCACCUUCAACAUCAACAGAGGUUGCUCCAUCUCCUGCACCAGCAGGCGAGGCGUCGUCUCCUCCGCCUUCAGGAUCAACGGAGGUUGCUCCAUCUCCAGAACCGGCAGGGGAGGGCUAUACUCCACCACCUUCAGGAUCAGUAGAAAUAAACCCAUCUCCAGCUCCUUCUGGGGAGACUCAUAAAAAUGGUGCUUCUUCAAUUGACGAGAGAAUUAUUGGCUUUGUUGGAACUUUUGUUGGUUCAUACCUUGUCCUGUUUAUCUAACUUGGAAGUUCUGAAUGAAGGGUGGGAUUUGCUGCUGCUUUUUUUGUUGAUUGUUUUUGUUCUUUAUGAUUGUCCUCACCUUGAUACCAGUGGAUUUGUCUGGGUUCUUCAAGGGAAGCUUGAUUGUUAAUAUUGGUUUGAUAUACCGUAUACAUGUGAGUUGAUUGUCGUAGCAACGUAUACGUACAAUAUGUAUAAUCAAAUAAUUGACAUUUAUUCGUUCUAGAU